AUGAUUUCAGAGUUUAUUAAAGCUUACCCAAAAUUCCAAACUCUACUUUAUAUAUUAGGUAUUCUUGGCUUAUUAAAAUGCACAAAAAUACUGUGCUUUUUAUGGAAAUUAUUAAGGCCAAGUACAAAUCUAAAGAAAUAUGGAACUGGAUCUUGGGUAUUCAUAACAGGAGCAUCAGAUGGAAUAGGAAAAUAAUUGGCAAUAAAAUUUUCAUAGAAAGGAUUUAAAAUAAUCUUAGUUGCUAGAACACGUUCAAAAUUAGAAGCUGUUUCAUAAUAAUUACAAACAGAAUCACAUAUAAUUGUUGCCGAUUUUACAUAAUCUAUGGAUAAUAAAUUAUUUGAUAGAAUAAUAGAUGAAGUAGGUGAAAGAGAUGUGAGUAUAGUAAUAAAUAAUGUUGGUGUAGAUGCUUUUAAUCGUUUUCAUUUGAUUUCAGAUGAAGAAAUCUACAAAACUAUUAUAGUGAAUUGUAUGCCAGUAACUAUGUUAUGUAAAAGAUUCAUUCCAUAACUAUUAAAAAGAAAAUCGCAUAAAUCUGCUAUAAUUAAUGUGACAUCUCUUGCAGGAUAGAUUCCAACUCCUUAUUUUAAUGUAUAUAGUGCAAGUAAAUCAUAUGGUGAAUUUUUGACAUAAACAUUAAGUGUUGAAUAUCCUGAAUUGGAAAUAUUUGCUUUAAGACCAUCUGAAGUCUCAACAAAUAUGACAUUUAAUAGAAAACCAGAUUUAAUGACAAUCACUUCUUCAGAUUGUGCUGAUGGACUCUUGAAAAGAAUGGGUUAGAAUACAAAUGGUCAUUGGAAUCAUGAAAUCUAAGCAGAAUUAUAUAAAUUGGUUCCAUCUUGGUUAUAUAAUUGGGUAUUGAUAAAAGUAUUAUUAUAAUAUAUUCAUUUAGUUUAUUGCUCCUUAAUGGUUGAAGGAAAGGACAUCUACAACAAGUACCUAAAAGAAAAAUAACUGAUU